GUCAGAGGGAAACAUGGCGGCGUCCUCCAAGAAAGCGAUGGACCUCUUCGUGACCAAAAUACCCUGGACUGUGGCCAGAAACGAUUUGGUGGAGUACUUUGGACAGUUUGGCUUAGUGAUUAAGUGUCGUCUACCAUUUAAUUUAGACACAGGCUUCCACAAAGGCCACUGCUGGGUUGGAUUCAAGACGGAGAAAGCAAAGAACAGUGUACUGGAGAAAGACAGACAUGUGCUGGACGGAACCACGGUACAAGUUACGUCAGUCCAAAUCCAGACUUACAGAAACGGAAAAGGACCUGGAAAUCAGAAAUCAAACAGCGACACUGAACACGAUUGAGACACUCUGGUGUCACUCUACUCCAGAGAUGGACAAGGGUGUGCUUUUGUUAUUCUUGGAUAUUCUCUGACAUUUUUUUUUUUUACAUUUUUGUUCAGACAAUAAGGGAAGACUUAGAGCAGCACACCGGGGUUGUUGUGUAUAUUUCCAUUGCAAAGUGUCUGUAUGACCAGAGUGUACUCCUCCUCUUGUACACAGUGAGUGACUUUGUGCCUGAGGAUUGCUGUGACUUUAUUUAUUUCCAGAAAUAGUGUUGUACUUUCUCCAACCAUCCUGUCACACACCCUCACCAUGAGUAACAGCAGCUGCUCAACUCAAAUUUGUGAGCUCAUACAUCACACACGUAUUUCCACUGUAUGGCAAUAAAAACUGUUGAAUUCCA